UUGUGUCUCAAAUGGAGAAGUCGCGGGAAAGUGGUUUCUUGUUGUGUGGUUUGUGUGGGACGAUGCUUAUCUUGAAAUCAACCAAGUCUGCAGAAUGUCCACUCUGCGACACAACCCGAAAUGCUAAUGAAAUCAUUGACAAGAAAAUAGCUUACACAGUUGCUGCUGAGGAUAUCAGAAGAGAACUAGGAAUAUCUCUGUUUGGUGAGAAAACGCAGGAAGAAGCUGAGCUACCUAAGAUUAAAAAGGCGUCCGAGAAAUGCCAGCACCCGGAGCUUGUAUACACAACCAGACAGACAAGAUCAGCGGAUGAAGGACAAACAACAUACUACACUUGUCCCAAUUGUGGACAUAGAUUCAGAGAAGGUUAACAUUGUUAUCAUCUCCACCACAGAGAAGACCAGUUUUGUUUCUUACAUUGAUGUUACAAACUCAAUAUUCGAUGUCAUCAUCAUUAGAAACAUAUCUUUUUAUAAGUCUUCAAAUAAAGAACAUAAAAAUGAAAAUCUAUAACCGCCAGGCUAUUUUGUGCCAAGAGAGCCUUUAUAAAAGUCAUGGCUUAACAAAUCACACAAAGUAGAGAAGAGUUCUAUCAAUUUAAAAAAA